UUAUGUGGCUCUUGAUGGUUAAAGGCACCCAGAACGUGAGAUACAAGUUUUGCCCAUAGUAUUUUGCCUAGGGAAAAGUGUACCUUUUGUGAUAAGUGUCAAAUGAUGGAUACUUGUAUCUUUGUACUAGUGGCUUUAUAUUUUAUAUCAUGUAUAUUUGCCUCUUGUUCUGGUUUUAAGAGUUUGAAGAUGAAAAAUGUUAUUUAUUGAUUGUGAAAAAAUUGAAUAUUAUGAGUGAUACAAUAAAUUAAAGUUCAUGUAAGAAUAAAUUAUAGGAAGAAAUAUUAAGGAUUUCUCUAGAGUGUUCAUAAAUUUUCUCUUUAAUGACUGCUAGCAUUUUCCCUUACCAGAAAUUGGACAUUGGAUUAAAAAAAUUGAAGUUUGGUACCCAAUUCAUCAAUGAAACUAAAUGUUCACCACUUCAUUAUAUAGUCUAUUUAUAUGAGGCGUUGAAUUAAGAAAGAUUUUUUUUGUAUUCAACAUUUAAUAGGUGAAUUGAUUCCACACUAUCUAACUCAAUGAUUAAUGUAUAAGGUGAUUUGUUGUUGGCAGCAUUUGAAUCCCUUCUAGUAUUGUGGUCAUGUUCAAUGGUAAGCACAUUGUAGUACUAAAUGGAGCCAAUAUAUAGCUCCAAUCUUCAUUCUUUUGUCAUCUAACAUCGCAUGGAAUUCUUCAAUCCACUUCAACAAAUGCAUUGAUGGUACCUCUCCAAUAAACACAUGCAAAUUGUGAAUCUCCCUAAAUUGCUACAUUUAAGAGCUAUAUAUAUAGCUUCGUAUUCUAUGUAAAGUGGUCUAUGAUGUCCUAGUUAUUCAUGUCACAUAAGAAAAUAGUCAAAAUUGGACUGAUUACUUUAGUCCAAAGAUCUUUAUUUUCAGGUGAAUAUUGCUUCAACCUCUUUGUGCGAAAAGUGGCACCUAAUAAGGUUAAAAUACCAGUUUAAUCAAAUUAGGAGCCAACAAAAUAUAUAUAUAUAUAUAUAUCUAAUUAAAUCAUCUACAUUAUAUAUGUAUAUAUAUCAUCACAAGAAAGUUACUAACUUCAAAUGAACACAAGAAGGUACCCUACGAUUCCGUGGCCGCAACUCAAACAUUUGUCCACUUGUCUGCUAAUAAUUGGCUGAAUGGGCAGUAAAAAGCCGCAUGCAUAAUUUUAUUGGGCAAAUAGAAAAAUUAUAAAAAAAUAUAUAUAAUCCCGAAAUUCUCAUCUUCUUCACCCCCACAAGCUCUCCGAUUCAGCCGCGUUUCAGCCUCUUCGAUCCGCUUCCUCCGCCGGUAUUCAUCAAUGGCUCCUUCCUCCACCCUUAGUCGAUGGCUGAGGCCUGAGGUUUACCCUCUUUUCGCGGCGGUAGGAGUGGCUGUCGGAAUCUGCGGAUUUCAGUUAAUCCGUAACAUCUGCAUCAAUCCUGAAGUCAGAGUGAGCAAGGAGAAUAGGGCUGCUGGAGUGUUGGAUAACUUUGCUGAGGGAGAGAAGUAUUCUGAACAUUUCCUGAGGAAGUUUGUACGCAACAAGUCCCCAGAAAUUAUGCCAUCGAUCAACAACUUCUUCACUGACCCAAGUCGAAACUAAGAAGGCUAUGAAUGAAUUACACAUUAGAUUGGAUGUAGAUUUGAAUUUGAAUUGUUGGUGGAUUGGUGGCUGUAAAAGUUAAAACUAUGCUGCUUUUACGUUUGCUUUUAUUGUUCGUUUGAGAAAGUUUGAAAACGAUGGAUCGAUAAAAUAAACCAUUCUGAACCAAAAUUUAAUUUCAGUUAUCAUGAAAUUCUUACUUUGAUCUUUGCA